AUGGUCAAACGAAAGCGCGAAGAACCGCGACUGGAGGUCAAUCUCCAGAAGUGGGAGAAGGAGCUCGUACGGGGCCUGAAGACGGCCAAGGGCUUUGAGCGACAGCGCUACUCGAAACGCCAAAGGGAAGCCGACCCGGAGAAAGCAGCACGUCUGGAGAAGGAGAUUGCCGUGCUAAAGAGCAUAGACCUGCCCCAAGCCGCCCACGCGCACCUCUGCUCGUCGUUGUUGAGGAUCAAAGGAAUCGCCGAGUCGCCAAACCUGCCCGCGUUCAUCAAGCCGAUACCGAAGCCAGACUUGUCCGAGGAAGAGAAGACUGCGCUUCACAAUGUCACCAGCGCUCUCUGCAACAGGAAGCAUGUCAAGGACGUCAUUGACGAGGCCAUCAUGGGCACCUGCAUAGCGCUGCGUGUCCCUAUGCCGGAGAAGAAGGGCAAAGCCAAGGGCAAGAACGGCAGGCAGGACCAGGAACAGCAGGCAGACGACGUACAAAAAGCACCGCGCAAGGCUGAGACCGAAACCAAGUCCAAGUCCAAAACUGCCGCUGAGAAGCAGUCAUCCAAGAAGUCAAAAGAAGCCCCCCAGUCAGAUGAAGAGGACUCCGGCUCCGGCGAGCCCUGGGAAGGGUUCGGUUCCGAUGGCAAUGGGAUCGAAGAUAGCGAUGCUGAAGAAAAGGCCUUCUCCCGCUUUGACGGCAUGCUAGGAGGCUCCAGCGACGAGGACUCAGACGGCGCCGCGAGUGACGAUGAUGCCGAGGAUAGCCGCGCAAGGUCAAUUCGCGGGCCUUCAGAUUACUUUUCUGGCUCUUCUGCAGAAGAAGAUUCUGACGAUGAGCAGUCAGAUGCAGAGUCUGACGGCUCUGAAGACGAAGAAGAAGACUCGGAGGAUGACGAAGCUGUCUCCCCUCCCCCCAAGAAGGCAAAGAAGGCAGCCAAGCCAGUCCCGGCAUCUUCGGGCAACUCCACAUUCCUGCCGUCGUUGAUGGGCGGUUACAUCUCUGGAUCGGAUUCCGAAGCCUCCGACAUCGACAUCGCGCCGCCUAUGAAGAAAAAUAGACGUGGACAAAGAGCAAGACAGGCCAUAUGGGAGAAGAAGUUCAAGGAGAAGGCGAACCACAUCAAAAACCAGAGCAACAAAUCCGGUCGGGAUCAGGGAUGGGACAUGAAGCGAGGAGCUGUCGGGGCGGAGGAUGCCGGUCCCUGGAAGAAGGGUAUCCGGAACCCCUUUGAGAAGAAGACGGCCCCCGAGGGUGUCCACCCCGAUAGGCACGCAAACUUUGACGGUAGCUCGGGACCGCCGGCGAGAAAAGCUGGACCACCGGAGAGCCAGUCCAGGGUGGCACCUCCACCGGCACCUACAUUUACCCCCGCACCGGCGCCCGCACCAAAGCCGAAACCGAAGCCGUCGAGAGAUGAUCAAGGCUCCCUCCACGCCAGUUGGCAGGCGGCAAAGAUGGCCAAGGAGGCUGCUCAGAAGGUCAGCUUCCAGGGAAAGAAGGUCGUUUUUGACUAG